AGUAAAAGCAGCAGGUACAUCGCAGUUUGGUUCCUGUGUCUCUCUGCUGGGAAGACUUGAAACCGUCCAGGAUGGCUCUGAUCGCCUUUUCGCUUCUUUUGCUCCUCUCUGUUAAAUCCGGGUUCUCUGCUGGAGAGAAAGUUCUACCCGACGGUCCUCUGGAUGUACUUUUGGGGAAAGAUUUGACAAUAAAUCUCCUGCGUCCAACAGGAAAAGACGAUAUCAUAACCUGGAAUUACAAGGGUUCUACAUCAAUUGGUACUGUAAGAUCUGGUACGGUUAUAAUUACAGAUCAAUACAAAGGCAGAGCUUCCAUUAACGUCACCGACGGGUCCCUGACUCUGAAGUCCAUAAAACCAGAAGACAGCGGAGAUUACAAUGUAGUUAUAAUCGGGCUUACAGCUACUAUUCCCGCAGAAGUUAAAAUCCGAGUUCUGGAGCCUGUGUCUGAUGUCAUGAUCAAGUCAGACCUUCCUGAAGCCAUUGAGUACAACAGCACAGUGGUUCUUACCUGCUCGUCUAAAGGAUCUAUCCUGAGCUUCACCUGGACCAACGACAGCAAGAGCAUUCCUUCUGAUGUCAAACGGUUUACAGUCCAAUCGUCGGUGAUGUCAGACACGGCUGAAAUACCGGGAAAAUAUUCUAGCAAGCUGACCAUCACAGGUGUCCAGAGGUAUGACCUGGUUGGCCCAAUUGUCUGCACAGCAUCAAACCCACUGCAAAAAGAGAGCAGCGCCAAAUUCAACCUCACCACCUACUAUGGGCCUGAGGAUGUCAUCAUUAAAGCCUCUUCCCAGGGGAAAUAUGUCCCGUCCAAUUCAGAUUUCAACCUGACAUGUUCGGCCUCCUCCAAACCCGCUGCCACUUUCACCUGGUUUCAUAACGCAGAGCAGAUAGAGGCCAGUGGUCCAGUCCUCACCCUGAAAGUCAUUGAGGAGAAGGGAUUUGGGCAUACGAUGGGCAACUACAGGUGUGUCGCUAAAAAUGACAAGACCCAACGAAAGGUUCCAUCUACUAAUGUUGAGUUCUCUGUGAUGGAGGCCAUUUCUGAUGUUAAAUUAAGUGGUCCUAAAGGUAUCCUCAUCGCUGGCAACAGCAGCGCCAACCUCACCUGCCAGGCUAUGGGUGGCAACGUGACAGCUAGAGUCUGGUUGAAGGAUGGUAAACCCCUUUCUCCCGACUCCCAUGUCAAAUUCUCCAGCGAUAGUACCUCAAUAUACAUCGACGUGCUGAAGAAAGAGGACAAUGGGGAUUACGUAUGUCGGCUCAGCAACUCUGUCAGCACAAAAGAAGCUAACUUCACAAUGACGGUCAACUAUGGUCCUGAAGCACCAGUGGUGAAGGGAGACCCAGAAGUGCAGUUGAACACACGUGUGGAGCUCACCUGUUCUGUCUCGUCUGUCCCUCCUGCCAAAAUUAUUUGGAAGCUAAAUGGGACAGUGAUCCCUGGUGAAACAAAAGAGAAGUUGAUCUACAAUAGCAUAGACUAUAAGAGCUCAGGAACAUACACAUGUGAGGCAAGCAAUGAAGUCACUGGGAAGUCCACCAAAUCCCUCCCUCUCUCUGUCACUGUCAAAGAAAAAAUAGACGAAGGUCUCUCAGAUGGAGCCAUUGCCGGAAUCGUCAUCGGAUGCCUUGUCGCAGUUGGAGUCGCCAUUGCCUUGUUCUUCUACUGCAGAGGGAAAGUACCAGUGUCGUCACCAUACUAAAGACGUCCAUCUGCUGGCUUGAAAUGUCUACCGUUUGGGUACCCAUGAUCCUCUUGUGCAUCUGGGAGGAGCGCCUGGGUGGAUCCAGCUGGUUUCCUUUGAGCAACUCGUCCAACCAGCUUCUUCAUUAUGCCUCUCUCUUUCUCCCUCUCCCUGGCAGACAAGGAUCAUGGAAGUCUAGUUUUACUGGAAUACUAGAUCAUGUUACGCUUUGGAUUACAAACCU